AUGUUUCGGUAUAGUUUAUUCUUCCGCCACGCCGCUGAGCCUCUUGUCAAGUCGGCACAAAAAGGAGCUGUAAUGACACUAACUCUGAAUCGUCCCAAACAACUAAAUGCAAUAAAUGCUGAAUUAUCGGAUGAACUUUUAAAUAAUUUGAGAAAAUGUGAUUCCGAUCCUUCAGUCUCUGUUGUGAUUAUUACUGGUGAGGGUCGAGCAUUUGUUGCUGGUGCUGACAUAAAGAUGAUGGCAAAUCAAGGGUUUGUAGAUUUUUACAAAAAUAACAUGUUUAAGAGCGUUUAUGCAAUCACAACCACGCGUAAACCAAUUAUUGCUGCAGUGAACGGAUUUGCCCUUGGCGGAGGAUGUGAGUUGGCGAUGUCCUGUGAUAUUAUUGUAGCCAGUGAGAAGGCCAUUUUCGGGCAGCCAGAAAUUAAAGUUGGGACCAUUCCUGGUUUGGGAGGUACACAACGUCUCACACGAUUAAUUGGUAAAAGUAAAGCUAUGGAGUGGGUCUUAACAGGCGAACAAUACUCAGCUGAAGAGGCAGAAAAAGCUGGUUUGGUUUCACGUGUUGUAAAGCAUGAGGAACUUCUUCCAACAGCAAUCUCCAUUGCAGAAAAAAUUGCCCAGAACAGUCAGGUAACAGUGGGGUUAGCAAAGGACUGUGUGAAUAGGGCGUUAGAGACUACUUUGUCGGAGGGUCUCGCAUAUGAGAAGCGAACAUUUGAAGCCACAUUUGCCACGGCAGAUCAGAAGGAAGGCAUGCAUGCGUUUGUGGAGAAGCGGAAACCCAAUUUUAAAAAUGCAUAA